GCCUGUUUAUUUUCUCCAGCUUUAGCUGAUCGUAAUGAGCUCGAGUAAAUAAAAGGUUUUAAGUGUAAACACACCCACACCUACACACAUCAAAAUCCAGGAAAUAAUUCAGAACGUGAAGGUGAAACUUUCUAGCUACCUGGGCAGCCAGUUCUACAUAGAAAGGAUCAUCUGUUAAAAUGUUGUCUGAAGGAAGUUCGUUUUUCAAAGGCAUGCUCCUUGGAGGUGUCUUCUGUUUGUUUUUGUCACUUUUCGGCACCUUUAGUCCAACAGUUCCCCUUACCAUGGAAGACCAACAUCAUCACCAUCAUCUCAAACCUCUCAGCAAAGAGGAGAUGCAAAAGUUAAGUGAGACUCAGAUGUCUGUUCUUGCCCAGCGAGUGCGAGUGUAUUGCAUCAUUAUGGUUACACCGAAGCUCUUGAUGUACUGGGCGGCUGCCAACGACACUUGGAGCAAACACUGCGAUAAGUCUGUUUUCUACACCUCUGAAUCAUCUAAAGCAAUAAAGGCGGUUGAUCUGCAGGAAAAGGACGAGUGGGUAAGGCUGCGUAAAGCGAUCACGCAUGCGUACGAGCAUGCGGACGGCCUCCGCUGGUUCUUUAUUGCCCGGCCUACGACCUUCGGUAUCAUUGAGAAUCUUAAAUAUCUGGUUCUGAAUAAAGAGCCCAGUCAGCCCUUUUACAUUGGCCAUGUCGAAAAGUCUGGCGAGCUUGAGUACGUGGAGUACGACAGUGGCAUUGUGCUUAGCUAUGAAGCAGUGAGAAGACUUAUUGAAAUAUUUGAAGACGAGGACAGGUGCCCUGAGCAAGGUUACAGUUUAUGGAAACUGAGUGAAGAGAAGCAGCUUGCUGCUUGCCUGAAGUUCAGUGGCGUGUUCGCUGAGAAUGGAGAAGAUGCUCACGGGAAGAGUCUCUUUAACAAAAAGAGUGUGAACACGCUCAUUUCUGAUAGCAUAAAGCAGAACCCUGAAGAUGUAGUGGAGUCGUGUUGCUCUGACAUGGCCAUCACGUACAGUGGCAUGUCCCCAAGCCAGAUGCAGGUCAUGAUGUACGGCGUGUACAGGCUGAGGGCGUACGGACACAACUUUCACGACUCCUUGACUUUUUUACCUCCAAAGAACUCAGACAAUGAUUAAUUAAUAACAAUGACACUACUGAUGUACCAAAACUGUUGCGUGAUGAACGUUGCUAAAGUUCACAUUGCCAGAAGAUCAAUGCACCACUGUAAACUGCUAGUUUAAAGAAAUGCGGUAAACGAAUAUUUUUGUCGAAUAAAGUUUAAUAAUGCUCUUGGUUAGCAUUAUUUGAUUUAGUUUUUGGUGCCAAGAGACUGCUGGACAGGUUGUAAUGUACAGUAUAACUUUCAGAAUCCGGUGUCUGUGUGAAAGGACACAUUUCUGUCUCAACUUAACUAGGUGAAAUGUUUCUUUUUUUCCUCUUUGAUAAUUGAAGUGAAUUUUCACACUGCACCCCUGACCAGGUAAAGGGCAGUUACUGAAGAGAAUGAAUAUUUAAGAAGUAUUUUUAUAGCCAGGGUUAGGAAAUAAAUCUGCUCAAAGACAUAAGACCCAAAGACAUGUUAAUUACAACAUACAUUGUUUACAGUAGUGUUGUAUAGUAUAUAAUGGAUGAAUGAAUUCAUAUUUUUAAAAUGAAAUAUUGUCUUAAUCAAGAACUACGUACAGCAGCGAUUAGCUUCACGUCAUUGUUUCUGGACUUGGGUACAUCUAAUGGACCAUAUAAAUCAGAAGUCUUUAUAAAAAUAAUAAAUUGUGUUUUUAGGAGUGUUGAAUCAGGGCUAUAAUGAAAAGUGAUGCUUUACUAUUGUGUUUUAAAAGCUAUGUUUGUUUGUGGGGGGUUUUGUAUGUGAAUAUAGUUCUAUAUUUGGGUAAAAAGAUGUGAAUUAAUGGGACAUUUGGUUCUUUUUAUUGGAUUCGUCUAGAUUCAUUUGAUCACUGGUUUCUGAUUAUAAGUGAAAAAACAUGAUGAAUUUAAAGAUGUUGGGGGUCUAAAUGAUGUGAUAUUAAAUUUUCAUAAUUUACAAAA